GGAGGAUUAUGCCUGUGGUUGGUCUGCCAUCUUUGUGGUGCUAUGAAGAAGCCAACCUCAGGUCCUUUGCUCAAUCUGUGCUGAGGUUCCUGGGCUUCAUCUUCUGGGGUGCUGCUGCAAUACAGGUGUUUGGUGGAGUCUCGGUGAUCCUGAUGUUCAAGAACUACAGAUAUUUAUUUCAGGAGUCUUACUUGUCCCUCCCUGGUUGGUUGGGUCUUGCAACUGCACUUACAUUGCUGCCUACUGGACUUUUGGCUGUUUCUAUUUCUGUUAAGUGUUCCCGCAAUCAGCAAGGGACUCUCAUGUACUUGCUGGUUCUCCUUCUUUGCCUAGAAAUGUCUUCAGCAGCUCUGGCAUUCUCCUACUCUGUUAAGACAUCUUCUCAGCUGGAAAGUGCUAUGGGUUACCUGGUUCACCAGCAUGAUUGGACAUGCUCCCAGGAUCCUGGAAACAGUCCUAUGGAUGUGAUACAGAGGAAGCUGCAGUGUUGUGGGGUCCACAAUUACACAGACUGGCUAAAGACAUCAUCUUCUUGGCAUCAUUCAGCUUGUGUUCCUGAAAGCUGCUGUAAGGAGAAGCAUUCUCACUGCAGGGGAGACUUAGGCCAUGUGGAGCAGCUUUCUGACAAAGGCUGUCUAAAGAAGCUGGAAGACCAGUUGUGUUUUGCCAUGCUGUACAUUUUUUGGAGUUGUACUGCGCUAAGCAUCUUGGAGCUCUUGGCUGCUGUCAGCAACGGCUUCCUCAUGAGACCUCAACCAUUCUAUGAACUCUGCAUUCUGGAUUCAUAUACCUUCUGACAGGGCUAUAGGUGCUAGCUGCUUUCCUGCACCUGCUGCAUCUUCUUACUACUUCGUUGUUGUAUUGGAGCACAAUUCAAAAAUAACUUGCAUGUAAAUCAAACUAGCUGAUCACUGCUGGACUACUUUUCUUUAGUGUCAUGAUAUUAGAUCAGCUCUCCCACAGGUUUUUUUGUUUGUUUUUUUUCAGUAAGUAUUCUGUAUCUGAAACUCUUCUGGGGAGGCGUCUUCAGCAUGUGCGGACACAAAAUUAUGUGUGAGUGCAGGGGAAGCAGUAAGACAAGGCAUAUUGGCUCAGGGUAACUUGUUGUGAGAUCAUGAUCUGAACUUUUGGACCAAGUCUGCAGUAGAAUCUUGGAGAGCAGUUAAUGUGCAGAUUCUUCCACUUCCAAACUUGUAUUGUAUUGAAAGCUUUGGCUUUUCUGUAAGAUGCCCUUUGCGUAAAGUUUAAUAUUUAUUUUUCUUUUUCUUGCUCAAAUGCUGGUUUAAGAAGCAACUUAUUUAGUGAAAAUCCGUGUCAGUUUUUGAAGUGGAAUGAGGGUACAAUCUGAGUAGGUUUGACAGCAACAGAGUAACAAAUAUGGUGAUGUGCACCAGGAGGUAAAGCAGUCUUGGGAGUUGCACAGGAACAAUUCCCAAAUAAUAGAGCAAGAAAGCCUUCUGCAUUCAUUCAUCUAUCUCAUGACAGGGCAAGGAAUGCGUAAAUUAUUUUUUCCAUAAAAGUGAUGUGGGGUCACAUGCAUGCUUGAAUUAUACCAGCAAUAAAUUGAUUUUUCUUAAAAAAACCCCCACUCCUCUUUUCUUUUUCAGUCUCCCUCCAGCCUGCAUGUGCUGAAAGGGACUAAGUUAGCAUGUGGGGUAUUCAUAUGCUUGUUUAUGUCAGUGCUAUUGGU